AAACUUUUUUAAAUAAAAAAAAAAAAUGUUCAAAAAACUGCCAAUUUAUUUUAUAUCAAAACGACCAAUUUGUACAAUUAAUUCUAAGGAAUGCUUCAUGAAAAAUUUCGAUAUCAAAUAUAAAUGAAGAGCGUGUGUCGUCACUUUCACUCAAAGAAUCAGUUAAAACUUUUAAUGAUCGAUUAAAAAGAGGAGAUGUAGUGAUUUAUAGAGCACCGGAAGAUUCAAACAAGUUCUUUUGGUGGUGGCAUAUUGCCGCUUUCUUACAAUUAAUAUUUUGGGUAAAUUUGGCUGAAUUGUCAUGGAGAUAUCAACAAAAAAAAAAAGAAGUUCAGGAAUCCAGCACAUUUCUUGAUAAAUACAAACCAAUCAUGUAUGUAGCAUCAUAUUUAUUUGCAGGACUUGGAAUUGGUGCAGCAAUGUUUGCAAUUCCUGCUAGGAGUAUUCUAACUAUGAUUAUAUUAAAAAAUGGAACAAUGGCAAAGAUUAUAACAGGCAGAAAAUAUCGAUGGGGCAGAGAAAAAAAGAUUCCCGUAAAAAAGCUGUAUAUAAAUCAAUCUGUGUGUAAUAACAAAGGAUCAGGGAAAAUGAUAAGUGCUUUAUUUUUACGAAGUGAAUAUGAAAAAAUGGCAUAUAUGCUAGAGAGAUCAGGUAAGUUUGAGAAUCCUAGGAUAUUUGAUUUAUUAUUUUAUAAAAAUCCAAAAGGUAAGUAAUUCUAAUGUGGUAAGCAUUCACUGUUUAUAUUAAAUACACUUAUUUUAUAUUUUAAGAAAAUAAAUUGAUUGAAUUUGUUGAUUAUAACGAAUAUUUCCUAUUUCUUUGUGUCAUAUAUAUAUAUAUAUAUGUAUAUAUGUAU